AUGGGACAAGGUGCGUCAGCUGGUCAAAAUAAGAAGAAGAAAUCCUCAGAAAAGCCUAAGUAUGAACCACCCGUACAAUCUAAAUUUGGUCGUAAAAAAAGAAAGCAUGGUCCAGCUACUGCAGAGAAAUUGCCAAAUAUAUAUCCAAGUACACGUUGUAAACUAAAAUUAUUAAGAAUGGAAAGAAUUAAAGAUCAUUUAUUAUUGGAAGAAGAAUUUGUGACUAAUUCAGAGAUCUUGAAACCUUUUGAAAAGAAACAGGAAGAGGAAAAAAAACAAUUGGAAGAGAUCAGAGGAAACCCAUUAAGUAUUGGUACUUUAGAGGAAAUCAUUGACGAUGAUCAUGCCAUUGUGACAAGUCCCACAAUGCCUGAUUAUUAUGUGUCUAUAUUAUCAUUUGUUGAUAAAGAACUGUUAGAACCAGGCUGUUCUGUGUUAUUACAUAAUAAAACUAUGUCGGUGGUAGGUGUUUUACAAGAUGAUGCUGAUCCAAUGGUCUCCGUUAUGAAAAUUGAUAAAUCUCCUACUGAAUCCUAUAGUGAUAUUGGUGGUCUUGAAUCACAAAUCCAGGAAAUUAAAGAGUCAGUUGAAUUACCAUUGACUCACCCAGAAUUAUACGAAGAAAUGGGUAUUAAACCACCAAAGGGUGUUAUACUUUAUGGUGCCCCAGGAACAGGUAAAACAUUAUUAGCUAAAGCUGUUGCUAAUCAAACAUCAGCUACAUUUUUACGUAUUGUCGGUUCUGAAUUAAUUCAGAAAUAUCUUGGGGAUGGUCCAAGACUUUGUAGACAAAUCUUCAAAGUGGCUGCAGAUAACGCACCAAGUAUCGUUUUUAUUGAUGAAAUCGAUGCCAUUGGUACCAAAAGAUAUGAUUCAAAUAGUGGUGGUGAAAGAGAAAUUCAAAGAACUAUGUUAGAGUUGCUGAACCAAUUAGAUGGGUUCGAUGAUAGGGGUGAUGUCAAAGUUAUCAUGGCUACGAAUAAAAUUGAGAGUCUGGAUCCUGCAUUAAUUAGACCAGGUAGAAUUGAUCGUAAGAUUUUAUUUGAAAACCCAGAUCUAUCCACAAAAAAGAAGAUUUUAGGUAUACAUACAUCAAAGAUGAAUCUAAGUGAGGAUGUUGAUUUAGAAAAAUUAGUUACAAGUAAAGAUGAUCUCUCUGGUGCUGAUAUCCAAGCCAUGUGUACUGAAGCAGGUCUACUAGCUUUAAGAGAAAGAAGAAUGCAAGUUACUGCUGAAGACUUCAAACAAGCUAAGGAACGUGUCUUAAAGAAUAAAGUAGAAGAAAAUUUAGAAGGUCUAUAUUUAUAA